CGCAUUUACCCCUUAGAUGAACCUAGGAAUACGACCUAAUUGAGCCUCAAUGUGGGUCCCAGUCUCAAGUUCUAGAACCAUCCGCACACAUCUAACGAUACAACUUAUAAAACAACAUAACUCGUGAAUUUUUUACGCAUUUACCCCUUAAAUGAACAUAGACUGUGCUAAUAUGACCUAAUGGAGACUCAAAAUGGGCCCCAAUCUCAAAGUUCUAGAACCUUCUCGAUCUCACACAGCCAUCACUACAGCCUAUAAAACAAACAUUGCCCUUCAAUAAAAAAAAAUGAGUUAAGUAAACUAUAAGUACAUAUCUUUGAUAUGGAGGUGAGAUCGGAGUACUUACUGCCAUCUCUGCAAGGGCUAACCCUAGAUGAAGCCAGAUCAUUGAUUCUUCCUCAUAUUCUACGAUUCAUCACCUCUACUCCGGAGCCAGAACAUACACGUAACAUUGUGGUACUGGUGGAUGCGACGAACAACAUAAUCUCCUUCCUCGAAGAUCGUCCUAUCAAUGCAACACCUAUUUUGGAAGGGCUUUUACCUGCAUCAAAAGCUUCCAUUGAAGCGAUGCCGAUGGUUAAGGUUUUAGAUGAAGGGAUUGAUUGCUCUAUUUGUUUGUUGGAUUUUGAAAGUGGUGAGGAAGCUAAGGAGAUGCCUUGUAAACAUCGUUUUCAUUCGAUUUGUAUUGACAAGUGGUUGGGAAUAAAUGGAUCGUGUCCGAUUUGUAGGUAUAAGAUGCCAGUGGAUGAACAAUGUGAGAAAAAAGAUGAAGAAAGUGGUGACGAUGAAAGAGGUGAUGAUGAUGGUGACAGUGAUAUGGAGGAAGAUAGAGUGAUGUUUGUUUUUGAUGUUGUUGUUAGGCCAGAUAGUAGAGGUCUAAUAGUAUCGAUAUCAGAAGUGCAUAGACAUUCCGAUGAUGUGUCGAUAGGUGCUGGAAAUGGCGAUGUAUUUGAAGCUGACGGAGAUGCCAAUGAAUCUGAAGCUGGAGAUGGCGGAGAUGACGAUGAAUCCGCAGCUCAAGAUAUGGUUAUUGACAACAAUUAA